CAGGUGGUGGGAUGUGGGGUGACCUCUCCUCCCUCUGGCCCUGACCUGGCAACCUCCCCCAAUUUCUCCACUCUGCCUUAGACCAGCGGGUAACAUUUAGGCAAAGACCUGCAGGAGGUGAGAGAAUGAGGAUGUCUUGAGGAAGAAUAUUCUGGGCAGAGGGAACAGCCAGUGCAAAGGCCCUGAGGUGGGAUUGUGCCGAGUGUGUUUGAGGAACAUGAAUAAAGGCCAGUGUGGCUGGAGGGAGUGAGUGAGGGGGAGAGGGCAGGAGAGGAGAUCAGAGAGUUAGUGAGGGCCUUAGCCAUAUGGGGCCUGGGGAAGGGGGCACUAUCCUUAUUGUUACUGCUAUGAUCACAUUUUAUCUUCUCCCUCUGUCCCUACAGGACCCCCCAUCCCUGGACACAGCCAUCCAGCAUGCCCUGGCGGGCCUCUAUCCUCCUUUUGAGGCCACGGCACCCACUGUCCUGGGACAGGUGUUCCAUCUACUGGAUUCAGACUUCCGGGGGGACGGGCUGAGCUUCCUCCUGGACUUCCUGAUUCCUGCCAAGCGCCUGUGUGAGCAAGUACGAGAAGCAGCCUGUGCCCCCUACUCACACCGCCUCUUCCUGCACGAGGGCUGGCCGCUGUGCCUGCGGGAUGAAGUUGUGGUCCACCUGGCACCCCUCAAUCCCCUCUUACUGCGGCAGGGUGACUUCUACCUACAAGUCGAGCCCCGGGAGGAGCAGUCCGUCUGCAUUAUGAUCAAGUGCCUCUCCGUGGACCUCCGCACAGUGGAUACAAAGCCUGUUCCUACAUCGUCCUACCCUAUACUUUUCACCCAAGAGUGGUUGGAGGCCAUCAACGGUGACUUUGAGGGAAGUCCCCUACACAACUGCCUGGUAGCUUCAGAAGAGGGGAUUGCCCCAGUGCCCUGGACCAAGAUAACCAGCCCAGAGUUUGUAGAUGACAGACCCCAAGCAGUGACCAUUCUCUCCCCGACCGGGGAUUCCUUUCAGUUAGAGGCACUCGAUUCGAGCAGCCCUCAAGAGCUGCACCAGGCCAGGUCCCCGGAAAGCCCGAUGCUUCUUGGCCAGAGCUUGGCCAAGGAUAAGGGCAAGAUACAUGGGAACAAGUACCCAGGACUCAUCAAAGUGGAGCAAGCCGGGCCUGGGGAGGCAGCCUUCAGGAUGGACGAUGUGGCCAGCCAAGACUUGGAGGGAGAUUAUGUGGCUCUCCUGGAUGUUUCCCAAGAGAGCAGAGGAGGGUCUCCCAGGAGGGAAGCGGAGACAUCCAAUGGCUGUCCUUCAGGAGCACUGGAGGUGCUAUCCGGAACUAAGGAAAUCCUUUCCUCUCAAAGGAUGCUGCCUCUCUUGGGGGCCAAUGGGGAGCCUUCCUUGGAAAAAAAGGCUUGUGUGAAGCCAGCAAGCUUGGAAGAGGAGCCCUGUGUUUUGGGCUUGAGGAAAAAGGUCAACCAUAAAGCCCCCUCCCACGACUCAGAACGCCAGCCCCAAGAACCUUACCUCAAUGUCCUCAAGAACACACCGCGCUGUGCCUCUGGCCUCAGAACAGGGGUCUCAGAAGAGCCAGCUGCCUCCAAGAUGCAAGGACCUCUGGGAAACCCAGAGAACACGGUCCAGCUCAGGCCUGGACCAAAACAAGCGUCCUCUCCCCGGCUGGGCCCAGCUUCUCCUCCUGCAGCUCCAACCCUUGAAACUGAGAUGGAAAAGAGGACUAAACAGGGAAAUGGGAGAUUUCCCCAGCCUGAGGCCAGCCCUGGCCAAAACACCUCCUCCUCCAGAUCCCCGACUCCUGGGCUCAAAUUCUCCUUCUCGAAGGGGCAGAGGCAAGCCCUCAUGCCCUCGGGGAAAGCCUCGCUCCAGCACAGUGGGCCCUGGAAGGUCUUGUGUUCACUCUACUCUCCCAAACCCAACCGAGCCAAGUCCUCGGGGAAAGCUGAGACAACUCAGACCAAAACAUCUGGUCUGACUGCUGACUUGGGCCCACUGACCGGAGGAAAGGCUGCUUUCCCAGAAGCUUCUGCAGGCCUUCCAGAAAGAGGCCCCACCCUGGAUGAGCCACCGGGGCCUGAGCCCAGGAUUGGGGCUCUGAGUGUGGAGAUUGUCCACUCCAGGAUAGCGUGCCUGCCAGGAGGUCGGGACAAGGUGGGGCGGCCGCUGCUUCUGGUGUCGACCACCCAGGAGGCCUGGGAAGCACCGUGGUGCACGGUCUCAGAGGUCACCAAGUUGCUCUCCUACCUGUGCACUGUCCCCAGGCCAGAAGAUAAAACAAAGGGGCUGGCGGUUGUGAUCGAUGCCAGGAAGCAGCCUCCACACCCUGGGCUGGUCAGUGCCCUGCAGGCCAUCCAGGCUCUGGACCCAACCUCCAUCCGUGCCAUGCUCUUCCUGGGGGAGAAGGAGACUGCUAUCCCACUGGAGACAUUACCUGACGUUCAGGUUGAGGUGCUGACCUCUUUGAAGACUCUCAGCCACCACGUGGAUCCCGGCCAGCUGCCCGCAGCCCUGGAAGGCCCUUUUCCCUACUGCCACAGCGAGUGGGUGCAAUUCUUCCAGAAGUCAGACCCUUUCCUUGCCGACCUCCGCCGGGCCUCUUCCCUCCUGCAGGCUUUCAUCAAGGAAUUUGAGAAGGGUGACCCCCCUGGAGGGCCACAGGAGGCCUCCAGGUGUCUGAACAAGUCCAAGUUGCUGAUGGAAGCUGUGCUGAGGGACCCAGGCCUGCUGGGCCUCCAGCGGGAAGGCGGAGCCACCCUGGCCAGGCUGCAGCAGGAGGCCAGCAGGCUGGACUUCAACCCGGAUGUCAGGAGCCAUCUGGCUGAAGCCACCGCCCUCUAUAGCCUUGUGGAUGAGCAGCUGCAUGUCCUGGUCACCACAUCCAACCACCUCCUGGGAAGGUUGGAGCUCUGUGUCCGCCUGGGCCGCCUUGAAGCUGCCAUCCACCAGGUCAGCAACUGGAUGGAGCAGGAAGGAAGCCGGUGCCUACAAGCGCUGACCCCCAAAGACGGAAGCUUGGAGACGGUGGAGAAAGCCCACGCUGAGUUCGAGGACUUCUUUCUUCAGGCUGCAGCCCAGUACCGUCGAGGCCUGGCGCUGUCCAAGCAGGCGGCCCAUCUGGGAGCUGCAGUCGGCGGGGCCGGCGAGGCAGGGGGAACAGAGUUCCCAGAGUUGGCAGCCUUUGCCUCCACGCAGCGGGCCUUCCAGGCGAAGCUGACCCACUUCUACAUGGCCGCUGAGCGGCAACGCACAGACCUGGAGACUCUGCUCCACCUAUACCACUUCUGCAAGAAGAUCUCUGCGAGCAGCUUCAGGGAUCGAGACUAGGCUUAAGAACCUUGAUCUUGCCUCACCCCUCUGUUGCGGAUUUGGAGAAACAGGAUCAGAGAAGGGCUGUUACGUAGCCAAGGUCACACAGCAAGCCCAUGGCACCACUACAGUGCUCCUUCCCAUGCCUUCUCUUGCCUGCUCAGAUGACGUGAGCAGGGGUGGGGGGCUGUUGGCUGAGGGUAGGCCCAGAGUCUGCUCUGAACAUGCUCCGAAGAGAGGCUCAGUCCUAGCCAGGAACCCAGAGUUUGGCCAAGAGAGUGCAGAAGAAGGUGGGAUUACUGUGGUGGGGUGGGAGUGAGGGACAAACACACAGUAUUGGGGUGGGAGGCAAGAGGAACGCCAUUACUUUGCAUCUGUCAUCUCUUGGCAACCCAGCAUGGCAAAGCUGAUCAGCCCGUUUUACAGAUGAGGAAACUGGGACCCGAAGAGGGGAAGGGCCUUGCCCAAGGCCACACAAGGGCUGGAAUUUGAGCACAGAUGUCUCCGUGCCCUUUAACAUGCCCUGUGUUCUUUUCCAAAGGCGGAAAGGGGGACGGGGAAUGGCAACCAAUAGUCACGCCCAAGCAGCAUGAGGCUGACGAUUAGACGAUUAUUAGGAGGGCGGGGAAGCAGCCUGGGAGAGCUGUGACCCAGACAGGACAAGAACCCGCAUCUCUGGCCUGGACCCAGUGCCCUCAGCUUCGCCUCAUACUCACCACCGAGGACAGAGCGUGGGAAGAGCCUGACCUCAGCCCUGCCCAUCACACAGAGGGCAGAGAACACAGGUUGCUUCAGAGGGCAGCGGGAGGGACUCUGAUCAGUCAUGCCUGGGGUGCUGGGUGGACAGGCCACUCUCUGUCUCCCUGGGGCAGCAGGCAAGGGAGGCAGAUGUGGGCCAUGACAGCGAAGGACUCUCCCCACUCCUAGCUGCACAGAAGUGAGAGAGCGAGGCAGCUUACGCCUGUGUGGGCUGUGCGGCCUCGAAGACAGUCUCACUGCUCUGGGCCUCAGCUCCUGGUCAAUAACAAUGCCGCUGAUGAUGAUGAUGAUGAUGAUAACAACAACAACAACAAUAACAACCAAUGCUUCCGUGGUCCUUACUAUGUGCCCUGUUCUAGUCAUUUCACACAUGGUUUUAUUGUCACACUAACCCUAUGAGGCAGGUACUAUUAUUAUGCCCCUUUUGUCUACAAGGAAACACAGAGAAAAUAAAUAACUCACCCAAGGUCACACAGCUAGGAAGCGGCAGAGCUGAGACCCAAACCCAGAGCAUCUGACUCCAGUGCCAGCCUUGCUGGGCAGCAUUAAAUUGCUGAGAGAAUUAAAUCAAAUGUAAGUGCCCUCCCCCUGGGGCUUUGCUCAGAUUUGGAAUUUUUAUU